AUGUAUGGAAUGAAGAGUAUCACAUAUAGUGUUGAUGCACAGUUGGAUGAUUAUAUAUUCCCAUCGACAUUGACUAGAUUGACAUAUAACUCGAGACAUCAGAUUGUGCCAGAGUAUCUACCUCACUCUCUGACCAAGUUGGUACUUGGUAAACUUUGGUGUCAGAGUUGUGAACUACCCAUAGCAUCAUUGCCAAACUCAAUCACCAGUAUAACAUUUGAAUCCAUCACUCAAGAGUUGAAGCCGGGCUCCCUGCCAGACAAUCUCCGCUCAUUGAAGUUUACGGCACGAUACAAAUUUACAACUACAAUUACACCAAAUACAUUGCCACGAUCGCUCACCAAGCUCAAGUUCGCCACUGACUUUUAUCUCGGACAACAGUUCCAAUUGUUGUUCGCACCUGGAUCACUGCCCGAUACCCUCCAAACACUGAUUGUCUCGGAAUCAUUCAAUCAACAUUUGGAAGAUGGUAUAUUACCACAAUCACUCAGAUCGUUGUACCUUGGUUCAGGAUUCAAUCAAAGCCUAUCAGGCAACGUACUUCCACCGGCACUGGAGAAGCUGUCAUUUGGCAAGUCGUCGACAUUUAAUCAAGAGCUCCAACCAGGUGACCUACCACAAUCACUUCGAUUCCUUCAAUUUGGACCUCAGUUCAAUCAUAUGCUUCAUCCUGGUGUCCUGCCCUCAAUGCUCGAGACUCUAUCCUUCAUAGGGUUCUCAAGAUACAAUCACAUCUUUGUGUCAGGCUCGCUGCCAGACUCACUGACCAUUAUGAUCAAUACCUUCAACCUGGAGUCAUUCCACCGUCACUCAAGACACUGUCCUUCGCAGAGUCUUUGUUCGAUCAACCUAUUGAUGCAGGAUCUCUACCAGAGGGCCUCACAUCACUAUCUUUUAGCCAACAAUUCAAUCAACUACUCUCCCCAGCUGGUUGCAAAUGUAUUGCCAAGUGCAUUACAAGAGUUGGUGUUUGGAGCAUCGUUCGAUCAAGACGUCUUUGGACCCAAGGUACUUCCACCAAACCUAAAGACAUUGAUCAUGACCCAGUGCAAACAACCGAUCAUUGUUGGAUCCCUCCCAUCAACGCUCACUCACUUGAACUUAGGUGAAGCGUUUAAUCAAUCCAUCGAGCCAAAAGCAUUGCCGUCGUCAUUGACAAGGUUGGAGCUGGGCGACAUGUUCAAUCAUCCUCUCUUGCCUGGCGUGUUGCCCUCGUCGCUCAAGUGGUUCAGACUUGGAAAGCAGUACGAUCAGAUUGCAGAGAGUACAGUGUUGCCAGAAGGACUCACUCACCUGUUGGUAGCAUCAUUGACGCAGCUCAAGGACGUUGUGCUACCAUCUUCACUUGACGACCUCGAGAUAGAGAAUGAGGUCAGUGCUGACUUCCAGCCACCGGCGAUCCCCGCCAGCGUCAAGACAUUGUGGAUGAAUGCCAAGUUGCCAGCUGUCAACAUUCAGAAUCUAACGAAUAGACAGGUAUCGUUUGUGUCGACGUGCGCAGCUUCACUACCAAACGUCACCACGCAUAAUCUUCGCAUCGAGUAUUCUGUUCCACGCUACGUUCGUCGACGCAUCACGUCAGAGAUUGAUACCAGACAACUUACAGUCCAACUUCGUAUGAAUGAUCAGUACCAUGGUGUAUGUCUGGUGCGCAAGAUGCCAGUCAACUCCAACGACACUGAUGCACUAUACCUCCAUACGAUCAACUUUGAUAAUACCGAACAAGCAACAACCUCCUCCAAGAAAUAA